AUGUCCAAACUCUCCACCAGCCUAAAGGCAUUGAUCAAUUCCCCCGCCGCACGGCCACAUACCGUGCCCGCGCCUCCAAAUAUCGCUCAUGUCUACCGGACUAUCCAGCAGACAGCAGCGGCUAACAAUGUCUCGCAGCCCUCGUGGCUUGCGCUGUCGACCGCCGCAACAAUGACCAUGAACUCCCCCGAAUCCCUCACAGCCCUCCACGAACUCAUAACCACCACAAACCCCACAACCGCCCUCCCCGCCGCCGAACUCAUGCGCGAAGUCGGUCUCAAAUGCAUCAGUUUCAACGGCAUCCCCCGCACAAUCAACUGCCUAAACGCCUUCCGCGCAGCUCUCCCCGAAGAAAUCACCUCCAACCUCUCCACAACACCAACCCGUACCCCCAACCCAGAAAAUAUCGCCUCCAUCUCCGCCCGCGGCCACGCCCUCUGGGACUCAAUCUACCGACCCUUCGAGAAAAAGCUCUACUCGAAGCUUGGGGCGUCACACCCGGAUCUGCCCGUGCAUAUCCUGCACGCGAAUUACGGUGCGCUGUUGUCGGAUCCGGAGCGGGAGACGGGGGCGUCGGCGGGGAGGGUGUUGACUUCUAUUGUGGCGGUGGCUUGUUUGAGGGCGCAGACGGGUGUGGGGCCGCAGGUUUUGUCGCAUGUUUUUGGGUUGAGGAAGGCGUUGGAGGAUGGGAGUUGGGAGGGGGAUGUCGAGAGUGAGGAGGGGGCAAGGUGGUUGGCGAGUGACGAGGGGAAUAUGUGGAUUUUGGAGAGUGUGGAUGCGAUUGUGGAGGCUAUUGGGGCUGGGAAUGGGUCGAACUUUGCGCCGGGGAGGGCUAAGUUGUAG